GUUCCAUUCCAUCACAAUAUAACAACAUUCUAUUCCACCAUCCAAUUUCUAUCACAACACACACACUCUCUCUCUAAAACAAAACCCAGAUAGCGAUAGAGAUAUAUAUCAAUCGAGAGACGUAAACUGCAUAUAUAGAUACAUACACAUAUCUAACCUUUUGUGUUUAGGAUACAAACAACCACUGAAACGAGUAAACGGCUUUAAAUUGAACGGUUGAAUUAAACCCCUGAAAUUCUGUUCCACUUUCAUUCUUAUUUAACCGCCCCCCUUCAGUUUUUUUCCACUUCAAAACCCACGCAUUUGAUCAGGGUGGGUUUUUGCUGACAGAGUGGAGGCCUCAAAUCAGCAAUUUGUAAUCUCACAAUUGUUUGUUUUAUUCGUUGAUUUGAGCCUCCGUCAUGCUGCCUGAUGGUUAUUCAUCUUCCAAAAAGAAGGAUGCUUACUGGGACGAUGUUUGUGGUCAGGAGGUGAGCAAAAUGGCUCGAAUCCGUUGCAUGAUGCAAACCUUUGAUAUACGAACGUUCAUUGUGUUAUUUCUAGUCAUUCCUAUUGGUUUCACGGGCGUUUACUUUCACGGACAAAAAAUCACAUACUUUUUAAGGCCAUUGUGGCAAUCACCACCCAAACCUUUCAUUACCAUCCCUCAUUACUAUCAUGAAAAUGUUUCAAUGGAUUCACUUUGCAAACUCCAUGGAUGGAAUUUACGCGAUUACCCACGAAAAGUGUAUGAUGCGGUUCUAUUCAACAAUGAAAUCGACAUGCUUACGAUUAGAUGGAAAGAACUUCACCCUUAUGUAACACAGUUUGUGCUUCUAGAAACCAACUCUACAUUCACAAGCAUACCCAAGCCUCAUUAUUUUGCAAUCAAUAGGGAACGAUUCGACUUCGCUGAACCCCGUUUGACUUACGGCACGAUUGGUGGACGAUUCAAGAAAGGCGAAAACCCUUUCGUCGAAGAGGCUUAUCAACGAGUUGCACUUGAUCAGCUUCUUAAAAUAGCAGGUAUCGAAGAUGGUGAUUUGUUGAUCAUGUCGGAUGUUGACGAAAUUCCUAGCGCUCACACGAUCGAUCUUUUGAGAUGGUGCGAUGGCCCACCGCCGAUUCUUCAUCUAAAUUUGAAUAAUUAUUUGUACUCUUUUGAGUUCAAUGUUGAUCACAGCAGCUGGAGGGCCUCAGUACAUCAGUACCAAAAGGGUAAAACACGAUACGCUCAUUACCGCCAAACAGAUUAUCUAUUAGCAGAGUCAGGGUGGCAUUGCAGCUUCUGUUUCCGAAAAAUUACAGAUUUUGUAUUCAAGAUGAAAGCUUACAGCCACACGGAUCGAGUCAGGCUCUCACACUUUCUUGACCCGAAAAGAAUUCAGAAUGUAAUAUGCAACGGUGAUGACUUGUACGAUAUGCUUCCCGAAGAGUACACGUUUAAGGAUAUCAUAGCGAAAAUGGGUCCAAUUCCUCAUUCUUAUUCUGCAGUCCAUCUUCCUUCAUAUCUAUUAAACAAUGCAGAUGAAUACAGGUAUCUUUUGCCUGGUAAUUGCAUCCGUGAAGCGGGUUGAAUUCGGGUUGAAUUUUGGUUUAAUGUAACUUUUCAUGAUAUAAACAUAGUUUUAAGUACUUAUUUACCAAAGGAUUAUAGGCUGUGUUUUUUUUUUAAUUAAGGAGUGGUUAAGUUGUACAUUUUUUUCCUCCUAUAAUAUACAUAUGGAGAGUUUUGAGUUAUUGUUGAGCUGUUUCAAAUGUUUUUUUUAUGCUGCUGCUCUGACUUGUACUGUACAAGCUUGGUGAGUGGCUGAGUGGACAAUAUCUAUGGAUGAACAUUUAGUGGUAAGCAUGUUUCUGGUCAACUGGUGUAUGGUGUUGAUUGAAAGGUAAGUGCACAAACAAAGAAAGGUGGGUGCCUUUGGGAUUU